AUGGAGGACAUGUCGAAGCGGACGGUCGAGGUGGUCGAGACCAAGGAGUAUGGUGCUGAUGGUUCUGUGACCGAGAAGCGUGUCGAAACUGUUGUCGAAGUGCAUGAGAAGUGCGUUGAGGAACGAGCCGAUCCACUGGAGGUUUUGCAGAAGGCACUCGAAGCCACUGGUGAUUCUCCUACAGCUGCAGACCAUACUGACGGCAAGCAGACUGUCAUUGAGGUUCACACUGUCUCCCACAGAACUUCUAAUGGACCGGCUCCAGUCAUCGAUGGAGAGGCAAGCAAAGAAGAACUCCAUCGUGAUGAUUCUGCGAACAUCCCAGAACUCCACAGCGAUGGGGUGAAGCCAGAGACCAAUGGAAUUCCCAAGCAAGAGGAGGCCAAUGGAAUUCCCAAGCAAGAGGAGGCAACUUUGGAGCUCCAGAAAGUGCUAGAAGUGGAAAUACCUUCUACGAAGGGGGAAGUUCCAGGCACUGACCUCACUACUGUAGCAGAAGCAAAAGUGGACUUAGCCCCAGUUCCUUCAUCAUCUAUUGAGAAGAAUAGCGUAGUAACGGAUAAUAGCAUUUCUACCACGUCUACCUCAAAUGACUCGACUUUGGAUGGUCAUAAGGAGAAGGAAAACAGCUUUUACGAUGCCAAGUCAGCCAAGAGAAUUCUAUCGGUAGAGGUCAAGGAAGAUCACAACGCGAAAUCUGGUCAACCUCCGGUAACCAUCGUGGUGACACCUGCUUCGCGGCGAUCUUCGGUACGCUCUAGCAUUUCAGAAGAAACUCCGACAAAAGAAGAACCUCAUGCUGACGCCUCCUCACCCAAGUCAUCGGAUGUUUGCGAAACAGCACCUGCUGCUGUCUCAUCAAUGACUAAUCAGUCUUCUCCUCAAUCCAAAGUCGAUAGUGACACCCAUGUACAGGAAAAUGUCCAAAACGAAGAGCGCCAUACGGUGAAGGCACCAGCGGCGCCGCCUUCACGUCCAGCAGCUCAUUCUAUUUCGAACGAUAGGCAAAUGUCAGAAUCGGUGACUAUCAGGGCUACGACAGCUUCUGCUCCACCAACACCGCCAAUCAGGAGGAAAUCAUCGAUGGCGGGAGAUCUAGGACCACAACCUUCGCCAGUCUUUAGGCGACCACCAUCGGUGGCAUCGUCGAGGGCGGGCACGAUGUCUUAUACUCUUCAGCGAGGACGACUGUCGUUUCCAACGCUUCCCAGGAACGCAAGACCCCCGCGACCAGAGGACUUCGGGGAACAGAAGAAAAAGCCAAGAAGCAUGUUCAGUUGGCUAGGAGGUGACUCUUCUAAAAAGAAGCAGAAAGAUGUGGGUUUGGUCCUAGACUCGGUCAGUGAGGGACUUCGGAAAAUCUACAAGCAAAAGCUGUAUCCACUCGAGGAAUAUUACAAAUUCCAUGAAUUUCACUCACCAGCGUUAGAUGAUCCCGAUUUCGACGCCAAGCCGAUGAUCCUUCUGGUCGGGCAGUACUCAACUGGUAAAACAACGUUCAUCAGAUAUCUGCUUGAACAAGAUUUUCCUGGAAUUCGUAUCGGUCCAGAACCUACGACCGAUCGAUUCAUUGCGGUUAUGCAUGGGGAAGAAGAAGGCGUCGUACCGGGAAAUGCGCUCGUCGUCGAUGCAAAGAAGCAGUUCAGAGCACUGAGCGGGUUUGGCAACGCCUUUCUGAACCGUUUCCAGUGCUCAACGCUAAAUAACCAAGUCCUCGAGAGCGUAACCAUAGUGGACACACCUGGUAUACUUUCUGGAGAGAAGCAAAGAAUUGAUCGAGGCUAUGACUUCACUGGAGUUCUGGAGUGGUUUGCAGAACGUGUCGAUCGUAUCAUCCUCCUGUUUGAUGCACAUAAACUGGAUAUCUCCGACGAGUUCAAACGCUGUAUCGAAGCACUCAGCGGAAAUGAAGAUAAAAUCCGCAUUGUUCUCAAUAAAUCCGACAUGGUCGACCAUCAGCAAUUGAUGCGUGUAUACGGUGCCUUAAUGUGGUCUCUAGGAAAAGUUUUCAAGACUCCUGAAGUUUCACGAGUUUAUAUCGGAACCUUCUGGGAUCAUCCACUUCACUAUGAUAUUAACAGACGCUUGUUCCAAGACGAACAGCAUGAUUUAUUCCAAGACCUCCAAGCGCUGCCACGUAAUGCAGCCCUUCGUAAACUAAACGACCUCAUUAAACGAGCACGCCUCGCGAAGGUCCAUGCCUUCAUCAUUUCUGAGUUACGUAAACAAAUGCCUAGUAUGAUCGGUAAAGACAAGAAGAAGAAGGAGCUAAUCCAAAAUCUGGAUAAAAUCUUCGAACAACUACAAAGAGAGCACAAUAUCUCACCAGGAGACUUCCCUGACGUAAACAAAAUGCGAGACAAACUGGCUAAUCACGACUUCACGCGAUUUAACCCAUUGAAACCGAAACUUCUUGAAGUAGUUGAUGGAAUGCUAGCUACGGAUAUUGCUCGACUCAUGGCUCAAAUUCCAAAGGAAGAAGCUCAGCUUACAACAAUAGCAGCGACAAACGGACACAUCGAUGGUCAACCAUCCGUCAAAGGAGGUGCCUUCACUCAAGCUCAAGAAGCCGAAACUCCAUUCGGAUUCGGACGUGGCGAAGGUUUCGACAAGGGUGCAGAUGAACCAGAAUGGAUUGUUAGCCGUGAACGAAGUCAAGCUGAUGCUACAUUUGAGAGCCUUGGACCAAUUGACGGAUACCUCAGCGGUCGUGCAGCCAAAGAACACAUGGUCAAAUCAAAACUGCCCAAUGCAGUGCUUGGUAAGAUUUGGAAGUUGGCAGAUGUGGACAGAGACGGUCAACUGGAUGCAGACGAAUUCGCCCUCGCUAACUAUCUGAUUAACUUGAAAUUGGAAGGACAUGAAUUACCGACCGAGUUGCCGAAACAUCUUGUUCCACCAUCUAAACGCGAUAUGGAACCUGUCUAUCCAAAAUUAGACGAUGAAUAAGUUGUACAGAGAGUGUUGCCUGCGGAGCUAGUCAAGCCGUUAAAGUUGUUCAUUCAUGGAGAUAUAAUACAUGUGAUGCUGAAGUUCAGUUAUGUUGUGCAUAAGAGAGGCAAUUCGAUUCACUUGUUUCCUUUGCGCCUGUAGAUAUAGUUAGCUUUGAUUCUUUUAGGAAACACCAAAUAAUAUAUUUGAACAAAAGACUGCUUUUACUAGAGUUAGGCUACGCUGGUCUUCGCUUAGCUGUAGGGUCAUCAUGAUGCCUUUUGCCUAAUUACCUGUAUGUGUACAAUCGCUGAUUUUGAGGCGUAGAUAUGAUUCAUCUCGCUCCUUUCUCUUGAUUUAUCGCAAUCAAAUUACUCAAAUUCUUACUUCUUUUGCAGAUGAUCGUGUCGGAUUUGAAACUAUUCUUACUUUCAUUUCGAAUUUGGGCAUGUGUGUUCUAUGUCGCGAUUAAUUGUGAUAUUAUCUCUCCCUGUGCUUUUCCACGAUUUUCUUCUAGACAAAGAAGUUUCUGUCAUUCACAGGUUUUUUAUGCUAUUCAUUCUCAAAAUCUUAAUUCUUCGACUGAUUUGUGUUUUAUUUUUUCUGUGAAGAAGUAAAGGUUGUUCUAGUUUUC